GGCGCCCCACAUGCAGCCCAUCGCCAGCGCUGGACGUGCGGUACGGGACGCUGCAGGUUGUUCCGCCACGACGUGGAGGCAACACUUAGUGCAGCGCAGCCUCGUUCUGUUCGUGGUGGGAGCCUUCAUGGCGCUGGUGUCUUUGAACCUGGCUGCAGAUCCAGCGCAACGUCACGUUGUUUCCCGACGAGGUCAUCGCCACGCUCUUCUCCUCCGCCUGGUGGGUGCCGCCGUGUUGCGGGACAGCGGCAGCUGUCGUUGGCCUGCUGUACCCCUGCAUUGACAGCCACCUUGGGGAACCACACAAGUUCAAAAGAGAGUGGGCGAGCGUGAUGCGAUGUAUAGCAGUUUUCGUUGGCAUUAAUCAUGCAAGUGCUAAACUAGAUUUUGCCAACAAUGUCCAGCUGUCCCUGACUCUUGCAGCCUUAUCGCUGGGUCUUUGGUGGACGUUUGAUCGUUCAAGAAGUGGCCUCGGGCUUGGAAUCACAAUAGCAUUUGUAGCAACUCUGAUAACCCAGUUCCUUGUAUAUAAUGGUGUUUAUCAGUAUACAUCCCCAGAUUUUCUAUACAUCCGUUCUUGGCUUCCAUGUAUAUUUUUCUCAGGAGGUGUGACCGUAGGAAACAUAGGACGCCAACUGGCUAUGGGUAUUCCAGAGAAACCACACAAUGACUAAAUCCUCGGAGGAGGGAACAUGGUGCCAGUGUGAGAGCAACGUUAAGAAGAUGUGUUCCUGUUUUAAAUUGAAGAUUAUUUAGCAAAAAAAUAAUCUCUCUGUGGGCUCACUGCACAAAUGACUUAUNGGGGGGGAAUUAUUAAUCCACUCUUAGAAUAGCCAAGUGAAAUUAACGGCUUAUCUUGAAAUCUUACCCUGAUUUACUGCAUAAGCAUUUGCGUAUGGCUGUUCUCUGGAAGAGUUUAACACCAAGUUGAAUACAAGCGUUCAGGCUAAGUGGCAGUUUUCCAAGUAUUAGAUUCCAGUGUAAGUUAUUGAAGCAGCUGCCGUAUUUUAAAGCCUUGAAACUGAAAUUUAAUUACAAGCUCCUGUAUCAGUGCCCAAAGGAAGUAGAUCGAUGGUGCUUAACAAUGAUGAAGUAUGGUUUAAUAGGAAUAGUAUUUAUCCAAAUCCUUUAAAAAUAUAGGGUUAUUUAAAAAUAAGAGUGAUCGAAACCAGUUAGAAGCAUUGCACUAAUGCUUUUAGGGGUCUUAUGAAGGAAUUAUGCCCUUACUCGUAAUGCUGCAUUGGGUUUGUCUUUGGUAGAAAGGGUCAGAGGGAUGAAAGACUCUUAAGUCACCUGGUUUUGAGUUUAUAAACUACUUGUACCAUAGGUGAACGCUGGAGACAAUCUUGUUUCAACGUGAGCUUUUAUCAAGAAAUUCUGACUGAAAGAUUGCUUACUUCACAGGCUCUCAGUCAGACUUGAGUAUAUUUAGUUCUGGCCCUAAUUCAGUACGAACUUAAGCGUGGGUGAAUAUUCCCAUUUAGCAUUAGGCAUAUGUUUCAGUGUCUCACCAAAGUCAGUCUUGGGGUACUUCUAAAUGUCUGGUGUCACUGAAAGUAUGUGUGGUGCAGGUAUUUGUGACCAUUGAGCCUGUGCCCUCAGCUCCUGGGAAGACUGGGGUGUCCUCCUAGGCUAUAUGACACAUAUAGUCCCUAGGCUAUAUGUGAUCUUGCAUCUGUUUGAGUCUGGGCUUUGACUGAAUUGCUUGGAAACAAAAGCAGGCCUAAAAUGUGAUUUAAACUGUGUGAAGAAGAGUGAACAGCUCAUUUACUCAGCUCAGUUUUUAAGAGAUCACUGCUUAUUUUUAUCACAACCCUAUGGAACUUGCAAUCUGUGAUUGCCUUGUAUAGAAAAAACAAAAACAACAACAAAAAAAGUGCUUAUGUCACUACAUUAAACAUUUGGUGUUUCUUAAUACUUAGUUCUGUGAGCACAAUGUAUUUGUUUGAUAGCUUAGACCACAGUGGACCUAAAUAGCAAGUAUUAGGUCUUAAAAUCGAAGUGCAAUGUACAGUAAAAAUCUGAGCCUCAUGUUCUCUUCAAUAGUGAUCGUUCCUUAUGACAGACUAAAGAGAAGAGGGUUCUGAGUUCAUUUCAAUGCUGCAUGGAGUCAAAUGGAGCAAUAAUUUAUUUAACUAGUUCUGUUGUACCUUUCAAGAUGCAAAUUUUUAGACAUACUCCAGUUUUGUGGUUAUGGUGUACUUGUAAACUUUUAUGCAUUUGCCUUUUUGUAUUCUACAGUUAUUGUGUGUGUUCAUUUCCAAUCUUUACAUGGCUUCAGAUAUAAAUAGAGGCAUCUGUUGAAGAUCAACCCAUCCAAAAAGACAUUGAGGCAAGGUAGCAGCAUUCUGGCUGUUCUCACUCUUCAAAGGGAAUGCUGUAGCUGCUUGUGCUUUUUUUUUAUAGGAAGAGUUUAGCACAAAGGCUGUUUUACAAACCAGACCCCAAUUCUAAUCUUGCUUAGUGUAAAUUAAGAGUGAUUUUCACUAGCAUAAGAUCCUUCCAUCCUUCCUCGAAUGUUUAAAACCCAUUUUGAACCACUUGAAGAGGUCUAGUCCUUGGAUUAGAACUGGAUCAGCUCAGAAAUCUCAAGAGAUAAUGCUGCCUACUGGAAAGGUAGUUUUAUAACCAUCUUGAAAGACCAUUUUUCAAAGCUAUAAGACCAGAUAUAAAUCAAGAUGACUGUGAUCUUUGCAUAUAAUUGAUCUCUUAGCAAAGUAUUUAUUUGCAAAGAUAAACUAAAUCUCCUACGUGUUACAAAUACCGGAGCCAAAAAACAUGUAAGUCAAAAGUUCAUUUCUUGCCAAUACUUUUAAGUAUCUGAACCAAAGUGAUUUAAGUUUGGAAGCGACGGGAGGGAAGAAAAAUUUGCACUAUUCUGAAUUUGAACACUUAAAUUCUCAUUCUUACAGAUAAGUUUUCAGCAGUGUGUUUGGUUUUACACGUUUUUUUACUAUUAAAGUUUUAUGAUCAAGUCA